AUGGUAGACCAACACUUAAUCGUGGCCAAGAUCGUGGCCAUAGUGGUGCUCUUCCUCGUUACCCUGAUCUUCUGCUUUAUUCCCUAUCUUCUGGAUCGCUUCUACAAGUGGACCCAGAGGCCCGAGAACAAUGCUCGCGAAUUCAAAGUGGUGCUGUGUCUGCUUAAUUUCGGUGGAGGGGUUCUCAUAGCCACCACCUUCAUCCACAUGCUGCCGGAGGUGGUCGAGGUGGUGAACGCUCUCCAGGACUGCCGCAUGCUGGCCCCCACUCCCUUCGGCCUGCCGGAGGUUCUGCUCUGCACUGGCUUCUAUCUGAUGUACUGCAUUGAGGAAACCAUGCACUUUGUGGUUCGUCGGCGGCAGCAAAGGAAGCUACGGGAGGUGGUCACGAUCAAGGAUGCGGGCGAGGAGCUGCGGACAGAGAUUGUGGUCCAGCCAGAAGAAAGCCCCAAGGAGCCCAACUGGCUGCGUGGCCUCGGAAUAAUCGUGGCCCUCUCCCUGCACGAACUCUUCGGCGGCAUGGCCAUUGGCCUGGAGAUGAGUGUGAGCACGGUGUGGUUCAUGACCGGAGCCAUUUCCGUCCACAAGCUUGUUCUGGCCUUCUGCAUCGGCAUGGAGAUCAUGAUGGCCCAUACCCGCUGGCUGCUGGCCGUGGUUUACCUCCUCGUCUUCUCGAUCGUAACUCCGAUUGGCGUGGGCAUCGGAAUUGCAGUUAGCGAAUCUGCCGCGGCUAAUCAGCCCAGCACGGUAUCAGGAAUCCUCCAGGGGCUGGCCUGUGGCACCCUCAUCUACGUGGUCUUCUUUGAAAUUGUGGCCAAAAACCAUGCCGGCAUACGCAUUUUACUCUCGUCGAUGGUGGGAUUCGUCCUGAUGUUUGGCCUCCAGAUAGCAAUUGGAGAGGCCAAAGGGAAGAGCCAUUUCACAUGCCCCUAGGGUAUACUCGAAUUUUAUAUGAAAACAAUUAAGCCUAUAGAGAAAUUCAAAGAAACUACCGAAAAAUAAAGCGUGGGCUUUUUGGCUUUAUAAAUAUGGGGAAAGAGGACGGCAAGGUCAGGUCAUCGACCAUGAGAUACCCUUUAAACGCCCUUCUGCGAGGGAAAUUUAUAAGUGGCAUCAACAAAAGGACAUUCUCCGAGUGCGCACAUUAGCUCCACCUACCGGUUGCUACAUACUAAUUACCAAAUUGCCCAUAACUUUUAAAUAAAUGAUCCGAUUCGAACAACUUUUGGCAUGGAAGUUUCUGCAUUUAUCACACCUUUAUUUUGAUAAAUGUAAAUU